AUGUCUGAUAAACCGCCCCCACCUCCGCCGCCUCGGAAAUCUCACGGAAAGGAAACGUCUCAUCGUGGGAUCGAAAAUCAUAAAUGUAAGCAUGCUUGGCACAAAGUGAAGUACAAUGGCAAAGAAUACUUACGAAUCGAUGGUAUUCCACAAAAAAUAGAUUCAAAAGAAGAAUUUAACGCGGUUAAGAAGUGGGGUCUAGAAACCGAUAACGAAAAUCGGCAAAUUCGUGAUCCUCGUCUAACAUUGAAUACGUCGAGAAUUUAUGGAAGAUUUUGUUUCGCACCAAAAAGUCAACAUCCCGUUUAUCUUCUAAAAACGAACUUUCGUAUUGAUGCUAAUUAUUGUGGAAUACCGCCCAAAAGAGAGGUAUCCAUAUUCAAUAUGGAUGAUAAUUGCUCAGAGCAACUUUUGACCGAUUUUGCAAGAGAAAUUGGCAAAGUACGUGAAGUGCGUGUUUGUCGACAUCCUCAAACCCAGAAACAUCUCAAAAUGGCUUAUGUGAUAUUUGAAAAAACUGAACAUGCUCAAUCGUUCGUUUCCAAAUAUUCUACAAUGAAGAUGUUGGCUCAAAAGGCCGAUUGUAAACUGGACCCCUUCUUUACAUUUCUCAAUGACGCUUAUGAGAAAGAAGCUAACGAGCCUCUACCAAUGCCGGAUUAUUUCAAAAGCAUUGAUGAUGAUGUUCUCAUGGGCUUCCGUUCGAAAAUCGCUCGAAAAAUUGAAACAAGCAUUUAUCCUAAUGAGAAUAAAGAGUUUUCGGAUGGCGAAGACAUCAUAGAUGUUGGGAGUCCGGAAAACGGCAAAUUGGUUACUAAAGGACCAUUUACCCCACAAAUUCCAAAAACACCCCCAAUUCCAUCGAACAGUUCAUACGCUGACAUGAUGACUGCGACAACAAGUCGAUCGGAUGUGCCGCCUCCUCCAUCUAUACCGAGAGAGGAAUAUCUCAAACAAGCCGGUCGCAAACCGAUCGAAAUCCCGCCGCCGCCACCACCGCGACAACGCCAUUUGUUGCGUCAGCAUGUCGUCGAACCCGAUUCAUCAACAUCGGACAAUAAAGAGAAUUGCGAAUAUGGGAUGAAAUUGGAAAAGCGGGGAAAUGAUGAAGAAAAGAAACAAAAAAUGACAUCGGAGAGCCUUGAAUUUGAAUAUACUGGCAUUCUUUUGCCCGAAGUUCCGGAAGAAACGAGUACGGAAAACAGUGAAAAAGACACCAACAACAACGGUUUUCACAAGUGUCCUCAGAAGGUGAUCUUCAAGAUUCCGGCCCUUCCGAGGCGAUUUGCCACUGAAACGGUAUUCGAGCAAAAGCUUCGGAAGCAAGACAAAACAGUAGUUAUCGAAACAAACAACGAUCACGCGCGAAAAAUUAACGAAGGUUCUCAAUUUUAUACUGAUCAUUCUGCUCGUUAUUCCGAAUUCGAUCCGGUUCAUAAUCCGUCGACGUCUUACUAUUCUGGACGAAAACAAGGCGAUCGGAGUUCGUGCGAAUCGGAUGACAGUGGACGUGACGUUCGGCGGAAGCGGCACAAUGGUUGGAAAUCAAAACCAACGAAUCGGACAGGCUCCGAUGAUGAGUCAAAGAAGGGAUUUAAAGGGGAAUCAAAACCCAAAUUCAGGAACGGUGUUCAUAGAACCCAAAGUAAAGGAGAAGGCAUGUUGUCCGACGAUGGAAGCAGUCGUUCUCGAUCACGUUCUGCGUCGGACUCGUCAUCUGCUCAAUCAUAUCCCAGUCUAGACGAAAGUCGGCGGAAAAAAGAUUCUCCGCGAAGAAAGAGAGGAGAGAAGAAAGAGAAACCGAAUGGUUUUGGAUGGGAUUCUGAAACUGAUGAAUCCGAUGAAAGUUAUUCGGAUCGUCAUAGACGCGGAAGAAGUAGCUGGCGAGAUUUGAGGAAGAAAGAUGAUAGGGAUAAGCGACACGGACGAAGUCAUGUCGAAAGAGAUUCGAAGCGUGGACAACCGAAGACUCCGCCGACACCUCCGUCAACAAUAGAAUGCGUUCCACGACCACGAAUUGAGACGCCGAAGGAAACGAAUGCGAUUGGACCAUCAACACCGAAAACAAUUGUUCCGACACCAUCUGGAAUGCAAUUAACUCCUUUCGGGUACUAUGCGCCGGCUGUUGGUAUUCCUGACAUGUCGAAACCCCCUCCAGCACUAGGAGUUCCGAUCUAUCCGAUGUACGGGAAUCGUCCUGGGCCUCCCUUCGGAGUUCCUGCGGUACCUGCUCAAGUAAUAGACAAACCGAAAUUGGUGAUUCCUCCGAAACUAUCGACACCGCCAAUACAUCGCAAGGAGUCUUCUCCAGACAUUCCUGCCGAAUCCUUGAAACAACGUUUGAAUGGACUAUUCGGUGUGGAUUCGAAGAAAAAAGAGGACGAUUCUGUUAGCAGCACUUCUUCCCCAUUUGCGGCACAGCAGUACCAAACCAGACAUAUAUCACUAGAUGAUCGACAUUCGUCCGAAGAUAUGGAUGUAGAAGUGUCAAGUGAUGCUGACACAUCUCAUGGAACUCCGAGGGAAACUGAAGAAGAGCGGUUGAAGCGAGAAGAACGAGAACGAAUCGAAUUCGAAGUCAGAAUGCAAUUGUUGCACAAAAGAAUUGUUGAUAAAUGUCAGAAACGGAUUAUUGAUGAAGUUGCAAUGAAAAUUGGCGAAGAUUUAAAAAAGCAAGUUCUUCGGCAGUCGUUAGCUUUGGUUGAUGUGGAUUUAAUGAAAAAAGCCGCAGCCGACGAGGAACGGAGAAGAAUUGAACGCGAAGAGAAGGCGAGACGAGAAGCAGAACGACCAAAGACGUUGAAUAUAACCGAUAUGAUGCGACAGAAACCGAUUCCGAAGCAUAAACAGCAACAACAAUCGGAAAAACUACAACGUGUUCGUAGUGAAUCGGUGUCGUCAACGCGAACGGACACUUCUGAAUCAACGUCUUCUAGUGUCGCGAGUAGCUCGACGGAAGAUACUGCAGAUGAAAGUGAAGAGAAGGUGCAAAAACCGAAAAUUUCUUCAGCAAGUGUUUCUGCUAAUUCUCGGAGCACUUCGAUCACCUCGUCAUCGUCGUCGUCGUCUUCUUCUUCUUCAAAUUCUACUUCUUCGUCUGCUGAAUCUGUAGCGUCACAAGAAUCUGAAGAUGACGCGAGAGCGGUAGAAGAUGAGGAAGACGAAGACACAAUUUUGGGCAAAAAACGGAGAUUGAUAUCAUCUUCUUCGUCUGAAAAAAGCUUCAUGCAUGAACCGUGUUUGAAAAAGAUGAAGCAUAUUGUCGAAAGUUCUUCUGAGAAUUCUUCUCCUUCCCAUCAUCCACUAGCAGCUGAGCCUACUUCGCAAAGCACCUACUUACCUAGCGGCUGCAGAGAAGUUGAAUGGCGCAAAUCAUUUGCCAACCCUUACGUAAAUGCUAGUGGAACGAUAACAGCGGAACAGUACCAUCCAUUUCUUACCGAGCAUUGCUAUUAUGCUUUCGAUCGUCCUACAAUGCUUCAGGUUUUCGAUCCAUUACCAUUGGAUACUAACAUUACGAGUGUCAUUCUACCACCAUGGCUACCUCCACUUUCCGAACGUUCUGGGGCUCUCGAGCUUCCAAAAGAAGUGGUUGACAAUGGAAUGAUUCCGUAUAAAUCUAAAAAACCAAAGUGUGAAUCGAAAAAGCAUAAAAAGGAAAUCGGAUCAAGAGCUUUUGCCGAGCUUAUUGCUCUUCAGACUCCGAAGAAGGUCAUCAAAUUCCCUCCGAGAAGCGCCGAAGAAAAGCGGAGAAUUCUCUUCAGCACAAAACUACCUGAUGCUGAGGAUCAAAGAUUUUUGCGGCAAGUAUUCGAAAAGAUGAAGGCUCAGCCUCCAGAAGAGAUGCCGUGGUCUCAUGAUAUUACAUUCGUUGAGAUCCCUCGGCCACCAUCACCGCGACUUCGAAGAAAUCCCGUUUUAUCGAAAAAGGGAUUACCGGAUCAGUUCUAUCUCGAUCCAGAUCUUGACGGCGUCAUUCCGAUUGAAGAAGGCUGUGCACGUGCGCGACCGUACGUGAAGCUCUCGAUGAAGCAGAAGAGAUCAUUAGUUCGACGACCGGAUUACGAAAUGGAUCGAACGAUGAUUAGCGAGCGGGAUGAAGCUGUAAUUCGGCAUCAGAGUGUGGCAAAUAAAGAAACAAGAUCGCUUCAAAGACGUCUUCUGACGUCGAUGGGCGAUAUUACACCAGAUUUCUUCAAGGUCAAUCAGCUUAAGUUCCGAAAGAAAAUGAUUAAAUUUGCUCGGUCGAGGAUUCAUGGAUGGGGUCUUUAUGCGCUUGAAUCAAUUGCUUCCGAUGAAAUGAUUGUUGAAUAUGUCGGGCAAAAGGUUCGUUCAAUUGUUGCCGAAGAGCGUGAGAAGGCAUACGAACGGCGCGGAAUUGGAAGUUCGUAUCUGUUCAGAAUCGAUGAGCACACGGUGAUUGAUGCAACGAAACGGGGAAACUUUGCGCGAUUCAUUAAUCACUCUUGUCAGCCGAAUUGCUAUGCAAGAGUGUUAACAAUCGAAGGAGAAAAGAGAAUCGUGAUAUACAGUAAAGGAAUAAUCGAAAAGGGUGAUGAAAUCACAUACGAUUACAAAUUUCCAAUAGAAGAAGACAAAAUUGAUUGUCUAUGCGGCGCGAAGAAUUGCCGCGGAACGUUGAACUGA